UUUGGAACGUCAAGCCUCCGCGAUCAUCCAGAGCGAAGUGCUAAAGCGUCGUAUAAAGUGUGUAUAAUUGCUGAGCGAACUAACGUGCCGAAGGCCACGGAAUGCGUGGCACGACUGAACUAUAAGAAGAUGCAGCAUGAUGGUAGUGGUGUGAAAUUACAUAUAGGAAUGCCGCCGCCGCCGCCGCCGCCGCCGCCGCUGCCGCUGCCGCCGCUGCCGCCGCUGCCGUGCCGGCAAUCAAAUCAAAUGUACAGUGUUUUUUUUACAUACCAGCAAAAAGAUGAAGUCAUUUGCUAUUCCACGGUUUCCCGUCAAUGACAACGGCCUGAAGCAGAAUUACUCAUUUCUCAAGAGGUUUUUCUGUAAUAAGGCAAAGGAGAAACCCAAGUCGAAGGAAAAAUGGAAUGCUGUGGUGGGUUUGGAAAUUCAUGCACAGAUCGCAUCAAAAUCAAAACUUUUUUCUGGAGCCAGCACGGAAUAUGGAAAGGCAGCUAACACAUGUGUAGCUUUCUUUGAUUGCGCAACACCAGGAACACUUCCUGUUUUAAACAGAAGGUGUGUGGAAGCUGGUGUUCUGACAGCACUUGCAUUAUCAUGCAAAGUCAAUGAAAUCUCAUUGUUUGAUCGAAAACAUUACUUUUAUGCAGAUUUACCUGCUGGUUACCAGAUCACCCAGCAGCGACAACCUUUGGCUAUCGAUGGAGAACUCAAGUUUCACGUUUUCACUCCUGGAGUUCAUAAAGAGCCUUACCUCAAAUCAUCUAAGUUAAAACAAAUACAAUUAGAGCAGGACAGUGGAAAAUCGAUACACGAUGAACUUUCAAAAGUGAGUCUGAUAGAUUUGAAUAGAGCAGGUGUACCAUUGAUGGAAUUUGUAUUUGAACCCGACUUAAGUGAUGGAGAAGAAGCUGCAGCACUUGUCAAAGAACUUAUGCUAAUAUUAGAAAGACUGAAUACGUGUUCUUGCAGAAUGGAUGAGGGAGCAUUGCGAGUGGAUGCUAAUGUAUCGAUUAAUAAACCAGAUGAAGCUUUAGGUGUUAGAACAGAAGUAAAAAAUAUAGGAAGUGUGAGAGCAGUUGCUGCAGCUGUUAACUACGAAAUCAAAAGACAAAUAAAAGCUCGAGAAAGCGGAAUUAAAAUUACCAAUGAAACAAGAGCAUGGGAUUCUGUGAAUAAUAAGACCGUUUCUAUGAGAGAUAAGGAAGAAAAACAGGAUUAUCGUUUUAUGCCAGAGCCAAAUCUUCCACCUUUACAUAUUCACGUUCAUAAAAAGUUUGAAAAUAAAUACAAUUUAGUGGAUGCUCCGUCCUUGCAAAAACAAAUACCAGAAAUGCCUGAAGAAACGCGAAAAAAAUUGGCAACAAAGUUUUCUGUUCAUAAGGCAUUAAUUCUUGUAUUAGUUAACGAGCCAAAAUUGUUAGAAUUGUUUACUUACAUCAUCAAAGAUGAGAAGCGCACACCAAAUUUAGUUGCAAAAACUUUAUUAAACCAAUUAUUGCACUUUUUGUACAAAAACGAUUUAGAUUUUAAUUAUUGUACCAACAUACGAGAUCAUCUCUGUGAAUUGAUGGAUCUGCUAGAAUCAGGUACAAUUAACUUAUUAGUGUUCCAUAGAGUUUUAGAAGAAAUUUUAAAAAAUCCUAAGGAUUUUCCUAGACAGAUAGUAGAAAGAAAUGACUGGAUUCAAAUAACAGAUGAAGCAGAAUUACGCAAAAUUUGUCGAGACACUCUAAACGAAUAUCCAAAAGAAGUUGAACUAUAUAAAAAGGGGAAACAUAAGUUAUUUAGAUUCUUCAUGAAUCGUAUAAAAAAAUCCACAAAUGAAAAAGCCAAUUUGGGCCAUGUUGAGAAAAUAUUAAAAAAAAUGUUAGAUGACUAAGUAUUGUAAAUAAAAGUGAAUAAAUCUGUUUAUAAACGUUUUAACACGUCA